GCGCCAUGUCCUUUCGGGAGCGUCUCGGUCGGAGCAGCAGUAGCAGCGACACUGAAGACGCCUCCCCAGAGGACGGGGCAAAGACGAGGCGCGACUCCGACAGCUCCUCCGGCAGCGGUGGCGCCAAGCUCAAGCCGUUGCUGGUGAGCAAGCUGGACGACAAGGACGGAAAGGGAGAGAGCGCCGCAGCUCGAAUCAAGUCCCAGCGCGGCCAACUGCUGCCCGGCAAGGCUAGUGCGGGGCACGGGGGCAGCUCCUCCGGCAGCGGCGGCGCCAAGCUCAAGCCGUUGCUGAUGAGCAAGCUGGACGACAAGGACGGAAAGGAAGGGAGCGCCGCAACUCGAAUCAAGUCCCAACGCGACCAACUGCUGCCCAGCAGGGCUAGUUCAGUGCACGGGGGCAGCUCCUCCGGCAGCGGUGGCGCCAAGCUCAAGCCGUUGCUGAUAAGCAAGCUGGACGACAAGAAAGGAAAGGAAGGGAGCGCCGCAGCUCGAAUCAAGUCCCAACGCGGCCAACUGCUGCCCAGCAGGGCUAGUUCAGUGCACGGGGGCAGCUCCUCCGGCAGCGGUGGCGCCAAGCUCAAGCCGUUGCUGGUGAGCAAGCUGGACGACAAGGACGGAAAGGGAGAGAGCGCCGCAGCUCGAGUCAAGUCUCAACGCGGCCAACUGCUGCCCAGCAGGGCUAGUGCGGGGCUCGGGGGCAGCUCAUCGUGCAGCGACUCCAGCUCAACUGAGAGUAGCGGCAUGUCGUGCCACGCGGCCUCUACCUCGACCGGCGUGAUGGAGGCGAGCGGCCACGGCGACUGCCUGCCAUCGGCCGCGUCUAUGUCGGUGCUCUCCCUGGGCACAGGCUCGAGGAAGCGCGUCACCCUCAUCGUGAGCAAUACGGAGUUCAUCGUCGACCCAGCGCUGUUCGCGCUGCAACCGGACACCAUGCUAGGACGCAUGUUUAGCUCAUCACUGGAGAACAGCAUCACAACCCCCAACGAACGGGGAGACUACGAGGUGGCCGAAGGCUUGUCUGCUGCCGUCUUCAGAGCCAUCCUGGAUUACUACGAGACCGGUGUCAUCUACUGCCCUCCAGGUGUUACGGUGCCUGAACUACGACAGGCAUGCGACUAUCUUCUCAUUCCGUUCAAUCCCCAAACUAUCAAGUGCCACAACCUCAGGGGCCUUCUUCAUGAGCUUUCCAAUGAGGGAGCUCGCCAACAGUUUGACAAGUUCCUUGAAGAUCUGAUUGUCUGCAGAAUGGUCAAUGCUGCUAAGAUAGGUGAGCGGGAGUGUCAUAUAGUGGUUCUCUUGGACGACGACACAGUCGACUGUGACGCGGAGUAUCUACCGCAGAGUGGCGAAGUGCGUUCCCAAGCCAUCCACAGCACUGCCAUGUACCGUUUCUUCAAGUACAUAGAGAAUCGGGACGUUGCCGUGCAGGUGCUCAAGGAGCGUGGCCUUAAAAAAAUUAGGCUUGGCACUGAAUCCUACCCGACCCCAAAGGAGAAACGGAAGCGUCAGCCAGUUGGGCGUGACGAGAUGAUCUACAACUACGUACAGCGGCCCUUCAUGCGCAUGUCCUGGGAGAAAGAAGAGGCCAAGAACCGGCACGUCCACUUCCAGUGUGUCACGAGCAGGUCGUUCUCAAAUCGCACCACCGCCAUUGACGGGUCUCCUCGAGUUGCCAACUACGCGGCACUACACCGAGCAGCACUCGCUGCAGGAAUCGUCGACGGUGAUGCAGUUGGCGGCGUAGCUGCAAUCGGGCCCGCGGUCGUGCAUGGGCUUCAGCAGGAGCUCGGCGCUGUCGGAGCAGCCGACGAGGAACCUCCGGUUGAGCCGCAGGAAGAAUUGGCGCUGCCCGAGGAGUCUUAUCUCAUGGGGCUCUUACCACCACUCAUCAUUUCCUUGAAGCAUGGAUGCAGCAGUAUCAUUCACAUUGGACGAUGCUCGCUUCAGUGAACACAUCCCGCAAGUGCACGGAGGCCUUGUGUGGCUCCAUUUGCAAUGUAGACAUUCGUCCCUAGAGAAACAAUUUAUUUAGAUUUUCUAGUGCUUUGUUUCUGCCACGGGAACGAGAAUGAAAUUUGUCGUGAGCAUCGUUUCCAACUUC